AAUCCGAUGGAGGACUUUGAACAUGAACUAAUUAGCUAAAUGUCUUCAUAAAUGCAAUAGAGACAACUGAUCAGGACUCUGCUUCUAAUUAACCUCUCUUCUUCUUCUUCUCUGUAUCUAGCCAGACUUGGGACAGUCCAUUUCUUCUUGUUUUUUUUGGACAAACAGUCCAUCUCGUAUCUUCUCUCAACUAUUCUUUUUCUUUGAAUAGAGACUUCAAGAAAUUAACUCUUUAAGAGGGAAGACCUUGAGCAAAGGACUCAAAAACUCUCCACAUGUAAUUACGUGCACCAAAAGGUAAUGUAGAGCUAUAUACAAUCACAAGUCAAAUUAGAGCUUUUCAAGGUAGAGGCCGGAUAGAGCCUGUGAAAUCAUGAGGGAGAAAGAAAAAUAUGCAAAUGAUAUCUGGCACUCAGGGUUUGAAAGAUACUUGACAAAGCAACCGUGGAGAACAGUGAAAAAGAGAGAUGCUGCCACUGUUUUGGUAGCCUUCUUUCUCAUCCUCUUCCUUGGCGCCUUAGUAUUUGUGGGUUGGUUUGAUGCUUCGGUAUUUCGAGGUAUUUCUCGAAAACCAACCCUGACACCCACAGGAAUGCCUUCAGAGUUCCCACUCCGAUGCGCCACAGGAAACCUGAAGCAAACCUGUCCAGAAAACUAUCCUACUAAACACAACCCCACCACAAAUCCUGACCGCCCGUCAAACCUUACUUCUACAUGCCCAUCAUACUUCCAAUGGAUCCAUGAUGAUCUACGACACUGGAAAGAGACAGGAAUCACGCAGGACAUGAUCGAACGGGCUCGAAAAACAGCACAUUUUAGGCUUGUGAUUGUCAACGGGAAGGCCUAUGUAGAGAAGUACAGGCAAUCAAUACAGACGAGAGAUAUGUUCACCUUAUGGGGUAUUUUACAGCUUCUAAGAUUGUAUCCUGGUAGAUUGCCUGAUUUGGAGCUCAUGUUUGACUGUGACGAUCGGCCGGUCAUUCCAUCGAAGCAUUUUAGGGGCCCAAAUGCUGCCCCACCGCCAUUGUUUCGAUACUGUUCAGAUUGGCAGAGCUUAGAUAUUGUGUUCCCGGAUUGGUCAUUUUGGGGCUGGGCUGAGACCAAUAUACGGCCAUGGAAAAACUUGUUGAAGGAAAUCAAAGAAGGUAACAGCAGAACUAAAUGGAAGGACAGGACACCCUAUGCUUACUGGAGAGGUAACCCAUGGGUGUCUCCAAUAAGGCAGGACCUCCUCAAGUGCAAUGUCUCUGAACAGAAUGACUGGAACACUCGCCUGUAUCUUCAGGACUGGGUAAAACAAUCUAAAGAAGGGUACAGAGAAUCAAAUCUACAAGAUCAAUGCACCCAUAGAUAUAAGAUCUACAUAGAAGGAUGGGCCUGGUCUGUAAGCGAGAAAUAUAUCUUAGCUUGUGAUUCAGUGACCUUGUACGUGAGGCCUCGUUACCAUGAUUUCUUUAUAAGAGGCAUGGUGCCAUUGCAGCACUACUGGCCUAUUAGGGACAACAGCAAGUGCACUUCUCUCAAGUUCGCCGUGGAAUGGGGCAACAAUCACACCAAAGAGGCACAAGCCAUAGGAGAGGCUGCUAGCAACUUCAUUCAUGAGGAUAUGAAGAUAGAUUAUGUGUAUGAUUACAUAUUUCAUCUACUAAACGAGUAUGCAAAGCUCUUGAAAUUCAAGCCAAAAAUACCCCCAGGAGCAGAUGAGCUAUGUCCAGAAACAAUGGCGUGCCCCACAAAUGGUAUACAUAGAAAGUUCAUGGAGGAAUCCAUGGUGCUGUCUCCGAGUGAUGCAAUCCCGUGCACCUUGCCUCCCCAUGAUCCUUCGGUUCUUGGAAGUUUGCGGGAUAGAAAAGACAAAUCAACUAAGCAAGUAGAGUCGUGGGAAAAUGAAUAUUGGGAAAAAUUAAGUAAGAAGCAAUAGAAACCGAUUAAUCUAAUUUACUCUCUCUCUCUUUUUUCGUUCUUAUUUGUUGUAACCAAAUAGGUGCUUUCAAGCAAUUACCCUAUCUCCUAAAUCUAAUUGCUGUCCACUUUGUUACUGUAAUCAAGCUUGUGGCUGUUUUUGUCAGCAUUAGUAUUUAUAUCAAAUAAUAAUUACCUCGA